AUGGCUGCAGUCAUGACGCAGAUUGAAUGUAAUUCUGAGGGGGCGAAAUCUCCGCGAUCCCUGCUGAAGCUAGGCUCUCCAGCCGUCGACACAGAAUCAACGAGGUGUCCAUCCCCGCGCAAUGGCGCAUGCAGGGUCUUUGAUAUAUCGCCUGAGGAGGCCCUGGAGCUACUCUGUACCAACAUCGAAAAGCUGAAUGCGGAUUGCUCCUAUUCGGCAACAACCACGAACCCCGACUCCUACAAUUCUACUCCAGUGGGGAGCGAAACACCCGCGGAAGAGGGGUUCAUGGUGCGUUCUACAGGGCAAUGCUGCGGAGAUUCGGGGAUAAGUAGCGGCCGGCCCAGUACGGAAGCCUUCCAGAUGGCAAUGUUAUCUCGCAAGUUUCUUUCGAAGAAGGUACCCCCCAUCACGUUGAAGGAUUACCUGGAGCGAUUGCACCGCUUCUGUCCUAUGUCAACCGCCGUCUUUCUUGCAGCUAGUCUGUACAUCACCCGAAUGGUCUCCGUGGAAAAGGUUCUGCGGGUGACGCCCAAGAACAUGCACCGGCUCGUCCUCGCCGGGCUUAUGGUGGCUACCAAAGCGCUGGAGGACCUCAGUUACCCGCACCGCCGCGUUGCCAAAGUGGGUGGCGUGAGCGAGCAAGAACUUUCCAAACUUGAAAUCAGUUUCUGCUUUUUGGCCGACUUUGAGCUGCGCGUGGAUGCGCAGACGUUAAUGGAUGAAGUCCGGCGGCAUGGCGCGCAAGACUCGACGGCAUCUCUCCUUUCCACGAACGGAAGCAGUUGA